AUGGCCGGCUAUAGGAAUACGCGCAAUCUGGGCCAGCUCUGGCUGCGGGGGACGCGUCGUGGCCUACACACGAAGCACCCGCUCUCUCAGCGAUCCAAAGCUGCUACCCUCAGCCUGCGAUAUGGCCCUCCCUGUCUUCUCGCAACCCUCGCAACCGGCUAUCUCACUUCGGAGUCGUCACCAAUCCCACUCCUCCGACCAAUUCAUCUAGAUGCGCCCUCUCUCAAGCGGUAUUUCUUCGGCGGCGGCCAUGACAAACAGACCGAAACCACUUCGGUUGGAGACGCUGAGAGGCAGGUAAACAAGGGGGAUCCAGGAAAAUCGGGCCAGCAAGAUGCGCCAUCCCAGACACGUGUCGCCAAGGGCUACAGCGGAGAGAAUGAGGAAGCCGGCCAAAGUCAGUCCGCAUGGCAGACGAUAACGAGCAAGUUCCCGAGCUCCCCAUCACCCUCCCAGCUCGGCGACACCAUCAUCGACUACAUUGUGCCCAAUUGGGUCAAGGUCCUCCCUGGUUUCAUUCGCAAACUUCAGAAUGAGCUCUCAAUGGCGCCGGGUUCCCUCGCCGAAGAGAUCUGGUACGAAGCCAACGACCCCGAGAUCAAUCCAGAGAUCAUAUGGGAUGCCUCGGUGAGGGUCUCCAACGAGCUGUGUGACGAGGAAAAGGCGUUUCUGAAGCAGAGGGCGCAGUUCACCAAGGCUGCACUCGCGCGAUACCUCGACAUUCCGGAAGCCCAGAUACACCCCGACGACGUACCCGUCAUUGCCAUGUGCGGUUCUGGUGGAGGCCUGCGAGCCCUUGUGGCAGGUACAUCAUCAUACCUCUCCUCGAAAGAACACGGCCUUUUCGAUUGCGUCACCUACACGGCAGGUGUCAGUGGCAGCUGCUGGCUACAGACCCUCUACUAUUCCGACCUCACCGAGCGCAGUCACGCUCGCAUCAUCAGACACCUCAAGAACCGGCUCGGCGUGCACAUUGCCUUCCCACCCGAUGCGCUCGAACUACUCGUCAGCGCGCCAACUAACAAGUACCUCUUGAGUGGGCUUGUGGAGAAGGCCAAAGGCAUUCCAGAUGCCGACUUUGGGCUGGUGGACAUCUACGGCGCAUUACUCGCCGCCCGUCUGCUCGUACCGAAAGGCGAGCUUUCUGUCAGCGAAUACGACUUCAAGGUCUCAAACCAGCGACGAUUUACCGACAACGGCUCACAUCCCCUGCCCAUCUACACCGCAGUACGACACGAAAUUCCCCUGGCCGAACAAACAGACACAGAUGUCAUCGCUGCCGAAGCAAAGGCAAGAAGGGAGGCCUGGUUCCAAUGGUUCGAAUUUACGCCAUACGAGAUGUGGUGUGAGGAGAUCUCGGCUGGCAUACCUACCUGGGCAAUGGGCCGCCAGUUCGAGAACGGACGCACAGUCUGGCGGGACAAUGGCCUAGCUUUACCCGAAGUGCGUGUUCCUUUGCUCAUGGGCAUCUGGGGAUCUGCCUUCUGUGCCACCCUUUCACACUACUAUCGAGAGAUCCGACCCCUCAUGCGCAGUCUCACUGGUCUUGGCGGCAGUAUAGAUGCCAUGAUUUCCGAGCGUGAUGAUGAUCUGGUCAAAGUCCAUCCCAUUGAUCCUGCUGCCAUGCCUAACUACGCUCUCGGUAUGCGCGAACUCCUUCCUGCAUCGUGCCCUGAGAGCAUCUUUGAACAGAAGAACUUCCAGUUCAUGGACGCGGGAAUGUCCAACAAUCUACCUAUCUAUCCACUUCUCCGACCCGGACGCAACGUUGACAUUCUCGUUGCUUUCGAUGCCUCCGCCGAUGUCAAGACUGACAACUGGCUGAAGGUCGCAGAUGGUUAUGCCCGUCAACGUGGUAUCAAAGGCUGGCCUGUCGGUGCAGGAUGGCCACCGGAUAGCGAGUCCAUGGAAGACUUGCAAAAAGAUCUCGAUCGCGCCCAAGCCAAAACUGAACAGCAGGCCCAAGACAAACUCGACGAAGCCAAGGACAAGAGUGCUGAAGACAAAAAGAGCGGCAAGAAGAGUAAAGAUCUAGGCUUCUGCAAUAUCUGGGUUGGCACUACCGAAGAACGCACCUCUGACACCGAACACCCAGAGUCGAAGCAAGUGGAUGAAGACUGGGAACUCAUGCACCCUGCUUCUGGCAUAACGGUCAUCUACUUCCCGUUCCUCGUCAACCCGAAAGUGCCCGGUGUCGACCCCAAAGUUAGCGACUUCAUGUCAACGUGGAACUUUGUCUACACACCCGAGCAAAUCGACAACGUUGUGGACCUCGCUCGCGCCAACUACAGCGAAGGCGCCGAGCGCACAAAGCGUACCGUUCGCGCUGUAUACGAGCGCAAGAAAGCGCAAAGGGAGCAGAGAGAAAAGGAUGAGCGGGAACGACGGUGGCGGUGGAAGUUGAGCCAAGGCAGAAUAGCUGGCCGUCGUGUUGGAGGCGAGAGUGAGCAUGGAGAUCAGUUCAGCUGA